AUUUGUUUGAUUCCUGCUGGUUGUUUUCAUUUGACCGAAGUUGCUAAAGUUUAGAAAAAACGGAUACUUGAAAUAAAUAGAUGAAUGGAACGAAGCAGUUUAUACUUCUAGUUUAAAAUACAAAGGAAGAGAAGGAAAUGUCGUCACCGAACAAUAACUACCAAAGGCAAACGGCUGGCUUCGCAGUACUGCUUUUUAUUGUCAUGUGGGUAUCUAUGACCACAGGACAUGUAGCACUAAUCUCAUUGUUGCACCUUCAUAAAUUUGAAGAAAUAUCCUCGUCUACUUGGUACAUCUGUGUUUGUAUUGUGCUGGAAAUUCCACACUUGUUUAACAUAGCUCACUGCGUGUGGGGUACCUCCUUCAUUUGUGUCAAGAAAUGGACAAAAUGGCCGACUGUGUCACAUCUUUCCACGGGUAUUCUGGCCAGUUUGCUGGAAGUAGCCUGUUUGAGUGUACUCUUCAUAGAGUUCGCUCCACUUUUUCCCGCCCAUAUAUUGCUAUUGUUGUCUGGAUCAGUGUACUCUGUGCCUGCCAUAAACGAAUAUAUUAAACAAAGAAGAAUAACGAAUAAAACAAAAUUGCUUGAAGACGAAUGUAUUAACAAUGGUGGUUUUAAAGUGUCCCCAUCUCCCGAUCAUCUAAAGACCAAAGUUCCUUUAAAACCUGCCAUAUUUUGUUUGAGUAUUUUGAUACCAUUAAUUAUAUCUGGAAUCCUUUUUACCUGGUCUCCAUACAAACUUCAUCUCCUACAUGUUUUUCUCUUACCUAUUAUCCUCCUUCUAUUAUCCAUUUUAUGGACACCAAAAGUACAAGUGGAUUUUUAUCGUUCCUCGGAUGGUCGAAUGGAUAGCCGCCGAAAAACCUCAAUGAUGUAUGCAAUUGUGAAAACAAUCGCAGUUCCUUUUUGCAUUUCAAUUGUCCUCCUGACACGUUUUAAAGACCUGCGAUCGUUAUAUUUUAUUGAUUUUAUUUCUGAUGGAUUUCACCAGCUCUCCUAUUUCCACGUGUAUAUCCUUGUGAUCCUAAUUUCUUUAGCCGGCAUGUUUGUUGUCUUAACUGGACUUCUUUGUGCAAAGAUGGGACUCACUACGACAGGUAUGCUAAUUCCAUCAAUGAUGUCAAUGCCGACGGUUAUUGGAAUCAACUUAUUACAAUGUUUAUCAGUUGAGGAAGAUUAUUGCAACGACUAUAAUCUUUGGAUUAUUGUAUCAUCCAUUCUUGCGGCAUUAGUUUGGUUUUUGCCAUUAUUAAUCUACGGAGCAACGUUUACGCGACCAAGCGACAUCUUGCUGAAACCAUUCCAAGAAUCCUUUCUACAAUUUAGUUGGAUUCCCCUUUUCCUUGACCAGUAUUUAAUUCUUAAUUAUUACCCUGAUGGUUUUGGCUGCUCUCAACAGUCUGAGAUCUUUGGCGACCUCAAUACAGCGAAGUGCAAAAGUAAAGUAUUUAUCUGUACCACUAUGUAUAAUGAGAAAGAAAGUGAAAUGAAAAGACUUUUACAUAGUUUGUAUAACGUAGCAAAAUCACCAAAUCUGCAAUAUGUUUACAAGGAAGCUCACAUUUUUAUGGAUAACGGUUCAAAAGAUAAUUGCCUUACCAAGAACUCGAUGACACUUAUUUCGUUGAUUAAAUCCCUUGAUAGUAUAAGACUGAACUCUUUAAAAACGUAUCUCACUCCAUAUGGUGUUCAAAUGAACUGGACUUUAACAAAUGAUUUCCAGUUUUAUGUACACUUCAAGGAUUGUCAGAAGUUUAAGGCAAAGAAACGCUGGAGUCAAGUGAUGUAUAUGAAUUAUAUUUUGAACUAUAGAUGUAAAAUUUUAGAUUUCAGGCAAGAUGCCAGGCAAACCUUUCAUACGAUGGAAAGUGUGCCAGAAUAUUUGUUAGGUGAUAUAAAAUGCUCAGCUGAUCGACUGCAUAGUGGCUCGUUGAAACAAGAUGAGACAAACAGAAAAAUAUCAGAAAAUGAAAAUUAUACUGGGAAAUCAAUAAGAAAUAAAAAGAGACAGUCAAAUCCCUCUUCCGUUUUAAAGAUGGAACUCGGAAAGUUACAAUGUCUGUUAAAAUCGAACUAUAAUGUUCAAUAUGAGAACAUUGAUGCCUCUUCUUGCAAACAAAAGAUGCAUUCGGAAUAUUCAAAGGCACCAAUCAUUCAGACCGUAUCGAAUGUUUUAGAAUUAUUAAAUAAAAGGCAAUAUUCCAGAUACAUGACGGUAAAUUCUGAGUUACCCUUUCAGAUUACAAAUGAAGAAUCUUCAAGUGAAGAAUCAGGGAUUCAGUCAAUAGCUAAUGCAAUAUCGGUAGACAGUUCGGAAUUCUCUCCGGGAAUUACAUCUGAAGAUGAUAUAAUAGAUGCUUCUGGAAAUGAAGAUGAAAGCACAGAUGUGUCCUCAUCGAACGAUGAUCACACAGUCAUAAAUAAGGAACCAGUAAAUAGUUGUAUAGAAAAGAAUAAUUCUGAUCCUUUAACACUUCAGGUAAAGAACACAAGACAAAUCAUAUCCCAGACUGACAGAACAUCAUCUGUUAGCAAAACCGUUUCCUUUCCAAUAAUGUCCCCAUUAGUGACAUGUCCUGAUAAAUCUGCGCCAGUCCCAUCUACUAACUGCUUCAGCCCCAUUUAUAACUAUAGUUUUGACUUAACGCCAAAACAUUUCAUGAUUGAAAAACCAUUUUGGAAUAGAAAGAUGCAAUAUGAUAUGAAACAUUGCAGUAAAAGCACCAAACCAACAGAAAACAAAAGAAAUUCUCUGAAUUCUUCGACAGAGCCAAUAUCAUCAAUUUCAAAACCGUCUCCAAGAAUGCUUCCGAUUUCUUAUAAAGCUGCUUCAGAAAUCUCACAGCACAAAUCAUCGUUGAAUUCCAGUUAUUUUGAUGACUAUACUUACAUACUUGCCACGGACGCUGAUAUGGAAUUUGACGACAAGAGUCUUGCUCGACUCAUUGACCUUUGCAAUCGUGAUAAAAAUAUAGGAGGCGCUUGUGGUAGAACCUCGCCAAUAGGACACUGCAAUACUCCGGUGGUCUGGUACCAAAAGUUUGAAUAUGCUAAAGAUUUCUGGAUGAUCAAGAGCUCGCAAAAUGUCAUCGGCUGCGUCAUGUGUUGUCCGGGUUGUUUCAGUUUGUAUCGCGCCACAGCAAUACAAGAUGUCAUGGAUACGUAUUGUGAACCAAUUCAGUCGGAGUUUGACGUAUUUGUCAAAGACCAUGGUGAAGAUCGCUGGUUAUGUACCUUAAUGAUGUUAAAAGGCUGGAAGCUAGAAUAUUCGUCAUAUUCACACAACUCAACAUUCUGUCCUGAUACUUUUCUUGAAUUUCUUAAACAGAGAAAGCGCUGGGUUCUCUCAGAAAUGUCAAAUUUAAUUCUCGUUUUUGGCAACAUCAGACGACUGACGCAAAAUAAUUCAACCUUCACUUUAAUUUAUAUCAUUUAUAUCCUGCAGAUGUUUCUGUUAGUGAUGUUAUCACCAGGAACGACCGUUGUUGUUCUCACGAUCUCUUUGGAUAUCCUCUUCGGUUUGUCAUGUCUAUACACGACACCAUUUUGCAUUGGUAGUUUAAUACUUUAUUCUGUAAUAUGUUCCACAAGAUCAAUAGAAGCCCAGUCAGCGGUGACUUCAGCAAUUACCAUUUUCCUUGGAGGCAUUGUGCUCUCUGUUAGCGUUGGUUACAUGAAAUUCUUUGUGGUUGAUACAAUUGAUGAUCUUCAGGACGGACAGCUUCAGUUCAAACAAUACUAUUUAAUUUUACUACUGAUGACUGCUGUUUUAUACGCUGCUUUAAUACACCCCAAAGAAGCCUGGACUCUCAUUCAUGGUCUCACCUUUUUGGUUGUUUUCCCGGCAAUGUACAUUUUACUGCCAUUCUAUGCCGUUUCUAAUAUUGUGGAUCAACGAUGGGGAACACGUGAAAGUGAUAGUGACAGCACAAGCUGUUACCGACACAUGUCUGACAGAUUGUUCACAAAAGAGAAAAGUAUCAAGAGACAAGAAAUACCCGAAUCGCAGCAAUUCAAUGGUGAACGUGACCUUGAAACAUGCGACCCAGCCAAACAUAUUUUGCUGCAGAAAGAACAAACAUUUUGGGAAGACCUUCGUGUCGCCAUUCUAGGGACUGAUGUCAAUUUAGGCACUGACCAAAUAACCCUCAAAAUUCGGCUUAAAAUAUUGCGCAAUCGGUUGGUGGGAAUUUUGCUGCUCUGUAACAUAAUUUGGGCUUGUUUACUCAGUGGUCUUUAUUUGACCAUCUCGAAACACGACACUAUCUUUGGAAUUAUAACUUGUUCAGUCUAUAGUUUUUCACUGAUUAUACAAUUAAUUGGACUCACUGCCCACAAAUGUGAUUCUUUCUUCAGAGAGUUUGUCAUUCGAACAUUUGGAAAAAAACACCCUAUCUGGAUUCAUCGAAAAGAUUAAAUUUAAUAAAUA